GGACACAGUUCCUGCACGAGCUUUCAUUCUCACUUUUAUUUGCAAGUGCGCUUUGGACUCACAGCUGCCUAAAAUGAGCUAAUUAACCAAACAGGAUUUGCUUGUGCUGUGUGUUCACGCUGGAAUAAUAAACUUUCUCGACAAAUGUUUUCAAGGGGCCCUCUCUCAUGUGCCAAAGACGACAUGAUUCACUGUCUCAGAUGGACUGUUUUCCUGUUGGUCGUAAAUCCCAUUCCUUUUACUUCAGGAAUGACAGUGAAUGAGAGAAUAGAUCAUACAUGUCCGCCCAUGAAGCUGGAAGAGAAAUGGAAUACCAAUGUGAACAUUCACAGAGAAUUCACAGGGUUUGAUUUAGCUCAGAAGUUUCUUCUCAGAAAAGGCACAGUGACGGACAACAGGCUGCUGUUGAGACUGGGGAGUAAACCCUUGUUUAAACCAACAGAAUCUGUAUUCCCAAAUGGACUUUCUCAUGAGUACUCCAUUAUUGCCACGUUCCGGCUCAGAAAAACCACAAAGAAAGAUCGCUGGUUUGUUCUGCAGAUCUUUGAUAAAGGUGGAGAUACACAGGUGUCAUUAAUAGUGGAUGGAGCUAAAAAAACAGUUGAGUUUUUGGCUCAGGGUUUUCUAAAAAACAGCCUCCUCUACGUGUUUAAGAACCGAGACCUGCAUGCCCUCUUCGAUCGACAUUUUCACAAGCUAGGUGUGUCUGUCGAGAGCAAUGCUGUCUCCAUCUACCUGGACUGUGAGUUGAUUGAGCGUCAGGUAACCGCUGAAAGAUCUGGCAUGAACGUGAGCGGACGCACAUUCAUCACCACCCGAGUGGAGGAUGGACGUCCAGUGGAUAUUGAACUUCAGGAGAUUCUGAUCUUCUGUGAUGCUAGAAUAGCCGACCUGGACAGAUGCUGCGAUUCUCCUGGAGUUACGUGUGAACCUGUAGUGACCCACAACCCCACAGCGGCCACCCUGGUCACAGGAUACCUCCACAGAAUGCUGUCCAUGCCAGCCCAGCUGCCCAGUGACCGAUGCCACUGUCCCUCUCUGAAGGGGGAUCAAGGGCUUCCAGGUUUGGCAGGACACUCUGGACAAAAGGGAGAUAAAGGAGACAUGGGUUUGAAAGGAGAUCCUGGACCUCAAGGCCUACCUGGUCUCAAAGGUGAUAAAGGGGAACCAGGUCUGCCAGGUGCAGAAAAACUCUCGGUUGAGCAGCAAGCUCAAAAAGGAGACCAGGGUCCCCCAGGACUUCCUGGAGAAAAGGGAGACGCUGGCCUGCCAGGUCAAACAGGAGCGCCAGGGAAAGAGGGCAAAAGGCAUUUGUCUUAACACUGAUGUUGCUAAUAAUGGGUGCCUUGUGGACCGUUCCGCAUGUGCGUUGCUGUGUGUGUGUCCUGUCAAAGACAGACAGCAGGAGUAUGAGACAUACCAGUGGGAUAUGGACCACUUGGCAGUGCUUUUCAUUGGCUCGCUGUGUUAGAUUAGGCUGCACGCAUGCCAGUGACCUCUCGAUGGGCACCUGUAGGGUGAGGUUAUUGGCCGGCAGACUCCUGAUGCGUCUGCACCCCUCUCUGUCUGGACAUGCAUGGAGGAUGGCCAAGAGAUAUUUAAGCCUGUGUAAACGCUGGUUAAUUUUAUCUUGGUAUGAGUGGAAUGAAAUUUGAAGUGUAAUAUUGAAGGAAUAUUUUGGGUUCGGUGCAAGUUAAACUCUGUCAAUAGUAUAUGUGGCAUUAGUCUAGUUAUAAAUUCUUCCAUGCAAAAAUUUGUGAUUUAUUUGAGCUGUAAAAUUGUUCUAUGACUACAUUUAUUAACACUGGUGGUUACAGAUUACAAUAAAUGGGACCACUGAUUUAA